UUCAGCCGAAUGAGAAGCAAAGCCACACUUCCGAAAAUGUUAGGAGCUGCGUUUCGCUUGCUGUGAGGCCUCUGGAUCAGGAGCGGUUUUUCAAAUGAGAGCCUAUCUAGUGAAUGGAAUUUCAGUAUUUCGCUGUCAUUUUGAUGUUUUCAUCUGGUCUUCAUCACUUCUACCAGGCACUUCCUACGAGAAUGGGGGCAGGCGCUCUGGCCAUCUGUCAAAGUAAAGCAGCGGUUCGGCUGAAAGAAGACAUGAAAAAGAUAGUGGCAGUGCCACUAAAUGAGCAGAGGAAUUCAACCUAUAAGAAGUUAUUUGGAGUCAGCCUCCAAGACCUUCAGCAGCAGGGGCUCACGGAGAACGGCAUUCCAGCUAUAGUGGGGACUAUCGUGGAGUACUUGGUGAAGCAUGGACUCACCCAGGAAGGCCUUUUUAGAGUGAAUGGCAACGUGAAGGUGGUGGAACAGCUCCGAUGCAAGUUCGAGAGUGGAGCCCCAGUGGAGCUUGGGAGAGACGGGGACGUCUGCUCAGCAGCCAGUCUGUUGAAGCUCUUCCUGAGGGAGCUGCCGGAGAGUGUGGUCACCUCCGCGUUGCACCCUCGAUUCAUUCAGCUCUUUCAGGAUGACAGAAAUGAUGCCCAGGAGAGUAGCUUAAGAAACUUAAUAGAAGAGCUGCCAGACACCCACUACUGCCUCCUCAAGUACCUAUGCCAGUUCUUGACAAAAGUAGCCAAGCACCAUGUGCAGAAUCGCAUGAACAUCCACAACCUCGCCACUGUAUUUGGGCCAAAUUGCUUUCAUGUGCCACCUGGGCUUGAAGGCAUGAAAGAACAAGACAUCUGCAACAAGAUAAUGGCUAAAUUACUAGAAAAUUAUAAUACUCUGUUUGAAGUAGAGUAUACAGAAAAUGAUAACCAGAGAUGUGAAAACCUGGCUAGGCUUAUCAUAGUAAAAGAGGCCAGUUGUAAGAACGCAUUACCUAACAUCCUUAUAACAAAAGACUUAGAAAGAGACAUGCAAAAACCAUCUCUCAAAACCAGGAUCCCCAAAUCCAGGAGUGAGGGAUCUAUUCAGGCCCACAGAGUUCCACAACCAGAGCUAUGUGAUGGCGUUCCUCAGGUCAGCCUGUGGCUAAGUCGUAGAAAACCCUGCUGGGAUGACGUGAAUUCAGCAGAGGAUGCUAAUGUCGCAAAGUUGGUAUCCAGUUCACAGGAAGAUGAAAGACCUAUGUCACCUUUCUAUUUGAGCACACAUGUAUCCCAAGUCAGCAAUGUUUCGACAACUGGAGAACUCUUAGAAAGAACCAUCCGGUCGGCAGUAGAACAGCACCUUUUUGAUGUAAAUGGCUCUGGAGGCCAAAGUUCAGAGGACUCGGAAUCCGGAACAUCAUCAGCAUCUUCGGCCACGUCUGCCAGACAGCGCCGCCGUCAGUCCAAAGAGCAGGAUGAAGUUCGACAUGGCAGAGAUGUGGGACUUAUCAACAAAGAAAAUAUUCCUUCUGGGUUCAACAACCUUGAAGAUUGUAUUUUGAAUGCUCAGGAAGUGGAAAAAUUGUAUGAAAAUACUUCUGGUUAUAUUGGAGAAAGGGGCAAACCUAAACGUCAGAAAUCCAAUUCCAAACUUUCUGAACUCAAUGAAAAUCAAGAUGGUCUUGUGAAUAUGGAAAGCCUCAAUUCCACACCAUCUCAUGAGAGGGCUGGACCUGACGAUGUUGAACUGAUGUCCGAUGAAAGCAAAGAAGAUGAAAAAGACCGCAGACAUACCCAGCAUUUUGAGAGCCCCACAAUGAAGAUUCAGGAGCAUCCCAGUGUACCUGACACCAAACUGCAGAGGACUCAAGAUGCCGAUGACCAGCAGGAGAGCUUUGUCUCUGAAGUUCCUGAGCUCGACCUGACUGCAUUGUGUGAUGAGAAGAGCUGGGAAGAACCCCUCCCUGCCUUCUCAUGGCAGCAGGAGAACGUGGACUCAGAUGAAGCGCACCUCUCCCCGCAGGCUGGGCGCCUGAUUCGCCAGCUUCUGGAUGAAGACAGUGACCCCAUGCUCUCUCCUCGGUUCUAUGCUUAUGGGCAGAGUAGGCAGUACCUGGAUGACACAGAAGUGCCUCCUUCUCCCCCAAAUUCCCAUUCUUUCAUGAGAUGGAGACUGUCUGGACCCUCUCCCUCCGUGCCGCAUCCCCAUCCCCAAGCCCCUCAGCAGGCAGCGAGUGCCCCAACCUGUGCCCCUCACAGGCGCCGGAGCUCCUCUCUCGGCUCCUACGAUGACGAGCAGGAGGACCUGACACCUGCCCAGCUCACGCGAAGGAUUCAGAACCUUAAAAAGAAGAUCCGAAAGUUCGAAGAUAGAUUUGAAGAGGAGAGGAAGUACAGACCUUCUCAUAGUGACAAAGCAGCCAAUCCAGAGGUUCUAAAAUGGACAAAUGACCUUGCCAAAUUCCGGAAACAGCUUAAAGAGUCCAAACUAAAGAUAUCUGAAGAGGACCUAAGCCCCAGGAUGCGGCAGCGAAGCAACACGCUUCCCAAGAGUUUCGGUUCCCAGCUUGAGAAAGAAGAUGAGAAGAAGCAAGAGCUCGUCGAUAAAGCCAUAAAGCCUAGCGUCGAAGCCACACUGGAAUCCAUCCAGAGGAAGCUCCAGGAGAAGCGGGCAGAAAGCAGCCGUCCUGAAGACAUUAAGGAUAUGACCAAAGACCAGAUUGCCAAUGAGAAGGUGGCUCUGCAGAAAGCUCUAUUAUAUUACGAAAGCAUUCACGGCCGGCCGGUGACCAAGAAUGAACGUCAGGUAAUGAAGCCACUGUAUGACAGAUACCGGCUGGUCAAGCAGAUCCUGUCCCGAGCCAACACCAUACCCAUCAUCGGAUCCCCCUCCAGCAAGCGGAGAAGCCCUUUGCUGCAGCCAAUUAUCGAGGGCGAAACUGCUUCCUUCUUCAAGGAGAUAAAGGAAGAAGAUGAGGGUUCAGAGGACGAUAGCAACAUGAAGCCGGACUUCACGGUCACUCUGAAGACCGAUUUCAGUGCCCGCUGCUUCCUGGACCAAUUUGAAGAUGAUGCUGAUGGGUUUAUUUCCCCAAUGGAUGAUAAAAUACCGUCAAAAUGCAGCCAGGACACCGGGCUCUCCAACCUCCAUGCCGCUUCAAUACCAGAACUCUUGGAACACCUUCAGGAAAUGAGAGAAGAAAAGAAAAGGAUUCGAAAGAAACUGCGUGAUUUUGAAGACAAUUUUUUCAGACAAAAUGGAAGAAAUGUCCAGAAGGAAGACCGCACUCCCAUGGCUGAAGAAUACAACGAAUAUAAGCACAUAAAGGCAAAACUAAGGCUCUUGGAGGUGCUCAUCAGCAAGAGAGACACUGAUUCCAAGUCCAUGUGAGGGGGGCAGCCCCAGCCCGAACAGAGGGGGCUGCUGAAGGUGCAGGCUGAACUUACCACCUGUCUCCCCUAGUAAAGAGCAGCUCUGCACAAAGUGGAAGGCAGCAUUGGAGGUGGACCUGCAAAGCAUGUAGCCCUUCUGCCUCCAGGCCUUUGGGAUCCGCUCCAGUUUCCAUCGCCGGCCUCAGAAACUGCCUGGAUGGAAGAGGGCAACCUGCUUUGAUUUAAGAAUUUUGUAAGGGGAAGUCAAGAUCCCGCAGGCACACGUAGACCCUAGGGGAAGCUUCACUAACGCUGGCGGUGAUGAAUCACUACGUGGAGACACACUCAUCUACAGAGAAUAUACACUGUUCUUCCCUGGAUGACUGAGAAACCUGUCUAACUGGGAUACAACCCAGCUCAGGACUUCCCUCUGGAGAGCGAACUUGCUAUGCAGGUCCAAGUUCUCUUGGCACCCAGUAAAAUGGGAACGUGUGCCGGAGCCCUGUUUGCUGCCUUGGCCAUUCUCGUGACCUUUCCCCGCUCGCGUGAAUUGUCCCCCUUCAGUUCUCAGGUAGACGGAAGCCGCGUCGGCCCAGCACGGCGGCGCGAUCACCUGUUUGUUGGUGUGUUGCUUCAAGACUUCCUCGGCUGACGAAGAAUUUUGAUUCUUGACCAGGACUGGAUCAUCUGCAGAGGACAGAGGGAAUAUAGUUAUAUUCGUGCUGAUUUUUAAAUCAGACAACAGGGUGAAGAGCCUGGAAAAUUCCUUCCUGAACAUGGAUUGCACUUGAUCAGUCUCAGAUUUUCGCAAGACCAGUAUGCUAUGGCGUCCUGUAUGGGGCUUGGUUUCACUUUGGCUCUAGCCAAACAUAAAGGAUCUUGCUUAAUUCUUAGCUUAAGUGUUGAGGAUCAUGAGAGAGAGAGAGAGAGAGAGAGAGAGCCUGUGUUCUAAGCCUUCUGAGUACUUACCAGAGUUUAAAAAAAAUUUUUUUAAAGUAAACCUGCACUAAAUCCCCUCACUGAGGGGUAACUGUAGCCCUCAGAACUCAGUCCAAGGUGGAAUCUAAAUCACACUGUUUCCAAGAUCAUGUAUAAAGAGAAAAAUAAUGGUGUGGGGUCACUUAGGAUUAUAAUUUUUUCAGAGACUGUGUUGCAAAGCUGUCUAUAUUAGACCUUUUGGGAAGACCAGGGAAUUUAAAACACCAAAUCAUUCAUCUCUUUACUGUGCUGAUGUCCCCUUGUGAUUUGCUGUUACUUUUUCACCUUCUGUGUCUACAUCGAGGAAAGUGAACUCUGUUUCUGCCUGUCCGUCCAAGGCCUCUGUUGGCACUUUGUGGGGUGGAGCUUUGUGGGUUUGCGCUUUGUGGGAUGCAGCUCAAGUGUCUGCACACCGGCCACCGACUGCCAAGAGAAAACAUCUCAGCAGGCUCUGCCUUUUGAAGAUCAUGUCGCAGGAUGAGCAGGAGAGCAAGGCUGCCCUCCCAUAGGUUUUGAGAAUUGCCUUCUUAAAGGGUACCAUUUGGUUUGGUUUGAUAAGAAGAGGAAAGAGAACAUUAAACUCUACUGACCAGUUGCCAGUUUUGAAAUGGGUUCUUGAGAAACUGGCCAGAUUGGAUUUCUAGCAGUGUUUUCCAUUGCUGAAGUGAGGUAGAAGCUGUCAGUUGAAAAUUGUUCUAAGUCAGGGGAAAAGAAUACCUUUAAGUUUGCUCUUAAAAAUAAUCAUAUAGAAGCAUGAGCUGUGUGUUGGAAGUCCCCUGUGUUAAUCCACACAUUUGAAGACGGUACGUAAUCCUACAGAUUUAAAUGUACAUGAGUAUAUAGUUUGGUAUUCUUUGCUCUACUGUUUACAUUGCAGAUCACUAUAAUUUCGAGGAGUUAUAUUAUAAAUAAAAUGAAGCACUUUAGGACGUUUUCUAUUUUUGAAAUCUGAACAUGAAUCAUUCACAUGACCAAAAAUUGUAUUUUUUAAAAGAAAUACAUGUCUAGUCUGUCCCUUUUGAGUAUUCUCUUAAAUAAGCUAUAAUAUAAAUCAAAUCAUUACCAGUUAACCUUUAAAGCACAUCUGUUUAAGAGUAUUGUUUUGAAAAUACUAAUAUGCUACAGAAUUUUAAAAGAAAAAAUGCUAUAUAAAUGAGGAGCUACUAAAUGUUUGAAAUCUGUUGUUUCUGCCAAAGGUAAAUUAAGUAAAAGAUUUAUCCAGGACUCUCCAUUCCAAUUUGUAUGAUUGAAUAAAAGAAAACACCAGGUUACAGUCAAAUAAACUGCAUAUGGAAUGUCGUGUUCUCCUUUGUAAUUUCUCAUCUAUAUUAACUUCACAGAAUGGUGCCCCGAUUAAGGGCGGAAAAGCCCUGUUUACACUCAAUCCUAUUUGAAGCCAUGGCGGUAGGUUCCGGCUCUGCCAGAAAUGCUGAGGCAAAUUUGUUUCCACAGCAACCAUUUCUGCAGCCCAGGGUCUUGGGGCCCUAGAGGCAGCAUCUUAAUUGGCUUCACACAGAAUACUCUGGACUGGGGUUUUUCCUUUGCUCUCUUGGGAAUGUGUGUGUGUUUAUUAGCACACGCCAACAAAGUAAAUGUCAGGGGUUAUUUAAUAACAAUGAUAAGUAAAGGUAAAGCAUGAAUAAACUUGAUUGUAUGACUGUAAGAAUUAGAAAUAGCAGAGGCUUGUAAUUUUCACAAGCAUUUGCUUUUUGUGUGUUCAGUCUGGAGUAAACAUUGAAAUAGAUGUUUACGUUCAGUCGGUAUGGUAUCAUUACUGCAUUUCAUUUCUGAAUCAUUCAGUUUGAAUUUCGCUUUUCAGACAUGUAUGUGCAAGGUUUAGGAGAAGGGCCUGCUUAGAAGUUUUUCAGACAGCUGAUCUGUCUUGUACCUGUAGAAGCAAGCUCACACCACCUCAGUGAUCUCCCUGAAUUCAGGGGAAAUUUCAAUGGAAGACCAAACCAAAUUUCAAACUGGAGAACUGAUUUUAUUUAAUUGCUAGCUAUAAUGCAUCGAGAGCUAAAAAUUAGAUUUCUUCCCUCUAGUUGCCAGUUUGAAGUCAAAAGCUAAUUAUUCAUUGCCUAGGCGGGGAUCAGCCAUGUCUCUAUUUGUAAUGUUAGUGUAAUUUUUGCUACGUCUCCUUCUGAUGCAAUGCUUGCGUGGUGGCAGAAGAGGCUGUUGCAGGGUGCGCCUGCUCCCAGGUGUGGCAUUUCUAGCCCGGGACAAAUGUCGCAAGGCUGUGUUGAAAUCAUAAAUAUUGCACUGAGCUGUCCUGAGGCGAGCAGUUUUGGAGCCCCUGAGGGCUGAGCAUUUGUGAAUGUGGUUGAGCUUGGAAUUCCUAAUAAGGUGACUAUUUAGGUUUAUAAAAGGGGCCGCCGUGGUACCAAUUACGUUCGUUCUUUCUGGAACUUCCUAUUUUUCAGCAGACAGAACUGGGCCCAGUAUACAGAACUGGUCAGAUCUACAAGAAAAAUCAGAUUUCAGUUUGUUGAUUAACUGUUUAAAAGAGAUUCUUAAUCUGAUAGUGCAGCUGCCACUUUUCUUAACCUUACUACUUUUGAUGGUAUAUUUACAGUCGAAUGCCAUAAACUGUCAAUAGCCUUAUGAAACAUUGGCUGUAGUCUAAAUUCUGUCUUGCAUUCAAGAAGGAUCUUCCCGACACACUGCUUCCUGGAGGGUUUUUUUCACCCCUCAGUGGGGAGAGGUGGUUUCUGCACCAAGACCAACACCUCCUUUAUGUUCUUUUUCUGUAUCCACUUGGGUACAUCAAUAGGGGGAGACAAAACCGUACUCAAGUGUGAAGCUCGUAUGUGUGGCGGAACUCACAAUGUGCUUUCUUUCCUUUUAUUCCCUUCUAUUUUUUCUCCACUUGACCCCAAAAUGUACUGAAGAGUACAUUUUGUCCUAAGACUAGCCAAACGUAUUUUCAGAUGUUUAUUCAGAUUAUGCAUCCUAACACUUCACAUGGGCUGCGCGGCAAGCUCCUAACAAGAGUGACGUGUGUGGCAGGCGCGGCGUGGUGGCGCUGGCCAGUUGUGCCCCUGUGGGCAUCUGCAUUCCUCUCCUGUGAUCCUUCAUAAUAGGAGUGUGGACAUCAGCUGAGAUCAUUACAGAUCGACACAAACGUGUGUGUAAAAUGAAAUAUGUACAUCUCCAAGUUCCUAUGGCUGAGACGUUGCAGUUUUGUCUCCAGAGACUCUCAUUCUGCCUGGAAUCCACCCUGUUGUGCUCAUGCGCAUGGCUCGAGAAAUCGAGAAAUCAGUGUGGCAGAUCCGCUUCUCAGUCUGAAAGCACCUAUACGUACUGUCCUGAAAAUCUCCAAGAGUAGAUACAGUUUCAGUUAAUAUGGGCCCAGAACAAUGUUUACAUGACAUGUAAGCAGAACACAUUUGAAAUUACAGUUGUCCUUUUUUAAAAUGUAAACUGAAUGAAAAAUGUUGUGUACAUUUCUGUACAUGACUGACUGUAUUUUGUAUAAACGUAAAUAAAAUAUUUUUAACUGUGAAUGUUGGGAAAUUUU